AUGGAGAUUUUGACCAGCACUCUGGCUCGUCUCGUUUACGGAGUGGACUUGGCCAGUAUCCCUGAUGAAAAGAAAACCCGUCGUGGUAAACGCAACCCAAGCCAAGCUACUACAGUACGCGCUCGUCCGAAAUCAUUUACAGAUGCAGCCGUAAAUUAUCUACCUGGUCCCCCGGUACCGUUGCCAGCGGCUACCGCUCUGUCCCAAUCAUCUGUGCAUGUCACCUCUGUGGCCAGUCCGGUUGCUAUCGGAUUGCCAAAGACCUCACUGGUCGACGGGGAUGGGUCCUGUGGACGCGUGAGCGCAUCCAGCACCGAUCGAACGCGUACACCCAACAUAUCCCAAGUGGCCAGCAUGCCUACCACAACGGAUUGGUCUGAAAUGCCGGUGGAUGAGUCAAAUAAUUUUGAGUUCUCUCGGGUGAAUGCCGACCGGCAUCCAAUUUUUAAUACCGAAGAGGAAGAGGAUUCCGUGUCACUUGAUCUAAACGGAGCGUUGGCUGAGGACGAAGUAGAUUCGGGGACGCGACUGCGAAAUCGUUCACAGUCAAGGAUUGCGUUGCCCCGCAGCGCUGCGGGUACUCCCAGACAAGAUCAACGCGGAACUCUUGUCCCGUCGGGUGAAUCUAAUUUCUUCUCAUUGCGGCGAGCAGCCAGUGACUUGAACGAAGUACGUACCGCGCCCAAUUUCUCUCCGCAUGAUCCCACGUUCGGUGUGACAGACAGUUUCAGUCGUCCAGGUCGCCCUACGGCGGCGGUUUUUGCCACUGCGCGAAGUGCUACUCGUGCGUCUGUUUCUCCCGACAAUCUGUCCGUUCUGUCCAUUGGAUCCAUGGUAGUGGACAAACGCUCUCGACGAAUUUCUCCCUCACGAUCAUAUGAAUCACCAUUGCGGAAAAUUAACGGCGUUUUCCCCGGUUCACCUUCACCUCCGACUGGGGCUGGGCCUGUUUGCAUGGAUGAUGAUUCAUCGUCGAAUUUGAGUCGAAACGAAUGCGCUACCAGUAGUCGUACUUCAGCCGAUGAUACAUCCGAUCAUGUUGUUCAUCAGCCUAAGAUACGUGCGGAUCGAAAUAAUUCCAGUGUCACCGAUUUGCGUUGUGUGACCUGCAAUGCGUCACCCUCAUAUCCAGCGGCACGCAACAAAGUAUUGUUCCAGCGAAUAUCGCGUAUCCGGUCCCAAUCGAACUCCGUUCGACAUUCGCAGUCUAAAUCACUGACUGUUCGGUUACGGGAUAAACGAACUGCAAAACACACGUCCUUCCGUCAUACCAUGUAUAGUUAUACUUUGGGUUCCAGUCCUACAACGAAUUUGGAAGAUGAGCAGUGCGCAGACGGUCAUGAACCGAUUAUUCUCCCAGACGCCGUGCGUCCGACUUCUCGAUAUCUUCAUCGUGGUGACACGUUGACCGGUGAUUCGCCACAACAAGUACUAACCGUCGAUUCCAUGCACACACCGACCAAAUCUUGUUCGCAGCAGAACACAGUCAAUGUGGUUGCAUCUGAUACAAUCACACCCCGUUGUGUCCUCGCCGGUGGUCAGGCACGCGGUUGGACUCCUGAAUCGGUUGCCGUCUGUUGGCGGCGAUUCCUUGGAAUAUUGGGUCGUGUAAACUUGAUCAAAAGUGUACCCAAUCUGGAGCGAAUUUACACUUACUAUGCCGAUCUGACGAAUGUGCUGCUUCGAAUCCGUGAACAUCAACUGCUCACUCCGGCCUUACAGUUACCCGAUCAUCCCGGUCCUGUGAAAUUGUCAGCUAUUCGAAUUCUAAGCGAUGCUGUGAUUCGUUCCAUGGAUGGCAAGAUCGAUGAGGAGGUUCUAAGUCAAUUUUAUCUCAUACUGCAUCGGUAUUUGACUGCGUUCGAAAAACCCUGUAUACGCGAAAUCAUCCGCUCCUGUGGUCCACGUAUUUUCAGUUCUAAUUUGCCCGGGACACACUUACUAUUAUUGGAUUUUCUCAGAGGUGCGGCUCUCGUUCUCGAGGAUCAAAGUGGUGUGAAAGAGGCCCCUCGAACACAGGCGUUGCUCAUGUACACUAAUCUGUUGUGUUACCCGUACCACUUUGGACCUUUCGAGUCACUCGAGUCGAGCUCACCAAGCACGCUGAAACUCAUCACUUGUAAUGAUUUGAAAGAAAAAUUGAUAAAUGCACUUAUAUCGGCCGCACAAUCUGACCCAAAUGCGGAAGCCCGGUGUCUCGCUUUGACUGCUUUGGCUAUGCAUUGUGCAAUCGAACUGGUUCAUCUCCACGCCGAAAGUGCCACCCGGUCCAGGCACAUCACCCCUCCGACUAACACAUUGGUCAAUGACGCACUGGUUGUCCUCCUGGGUAUGAUGCGAUUCCCGGACCAUUCGGUUGCUGUCGUAGCUGUGGAAAUGGUCCUGAUGUUGGCCGAAUAUUGUGAUCUAUUCCUCAAAUUCAUGCCGCGUUUGCCACCGCUGAUUAUUCGGGUAAGUAAUGAACUCUGUCUGUCUAUCGGUCGUUGUCGGAAUACAAACUGUGGCCGCUCGGGGCGUUUCGAUCGAAUCUAUGCUGCUUUUGAAGCAAAUGGUCGACAGUGA